CCGGAUGUGGGCGGGGUAGAUUCCGGCCAGCUUGCAGCCAGAGCGCUUCCUGUGUCCGUCGCUGCUUUGACUGGAACCAGUACGGAACCAGCGCUCCCAGCGAACCAGUGCGCCCAGCAGAGAGGGAGCAGGCCGCAGGUUCCGCGGGAACUCACCGGGACGCACCGACGCACGCGGACGGCGGGAACAUGGCGAAGACGUACGACUACCUGUUCAAGCUGCUGCUCAUCGGAGACAGCGGCGUAGGCAAGACCUGCCUGCUGUUCCGGUUCAGCGAGGACGCUUUCAACACCACCUUCAUCUCCACCAUCGGGAUCGACUUUAAAAUCAGGACCAUCGAGUUGGAUGGAAAGAAAAUCAAACUGCAGAUCUGGGACACGGCAGGUCAGGAGAGGUUCAGGACCAUCACAACGGCCUAUUACAGAGGAGCAAUGGGUAUCAUGCUGGUGUAUGACAUCACCAAUGAGAAGUCCUACGACAACAUCAAGAAUUGGAUACGCAACAUUGAGGAGCAUGCGUCCUCAGACGUGGAGAAAAUGGUUCUGGGAAACAAGUGCGACAUGAACGACAAGAGACAAGUGUCCAAGGAGAGAGGAGAGAAGCUCGCCAUCGACUACGGGAUCAAGUUUCUGGAAACCAGCGCGAAGUCCAGCAUCAACGUGGAGGAGGCCUUCUACAUGCUCGCCAGAGACAUCAUGGCCAGACUCAACAGGAAAAUGAAUGACAACAACCCGUCAGGAGGAGGGGGGCCCGUCAAGAUCACAGAGUCCCGCUCCAAGAAGAGUCUGUUCAGGUGUUUGCUGCUGUAGGCGGAGCCUCAGCCCAGAACUCCUCCUCCUCCUGCAGCAGGAGCUGAGGAACAACCUGUGGACAUUUAAGAAGCCUGCUGUGACUCCUCCUCCUUCCUCCUCUUCUUCUUCUUCUGUUUUAAUGGUGUCUGUCGUCAGCUCAGCAGUUGGAGGAGGCUGAGCCAACGCAGCAUCUCGGUGUUUGUUACAGAGAGAACGCGGAGGCGGCGAUGAUGAAGGACAGAACCGAUGACUGUACCAAAGCAGGUGGCUCCGCCCUCUCCUCCGGUGUUUCAUUUACACGUCGCGGCUGAAGCGUUUAAAGGAUCAAAUAUGUAGCAGAUAGUGAGGCCAAACACCUGCACAGGCUUCAGUCCUACUUUUAUGGCAACCGACCAAUCACAGACCGGACGCCUGGACUACGAAGCAGGUAACCAGGUGCGAUCAAAAAGUUCAGCCAGGUAGAGUCGGUGAUGUUACAGUCAUAAGGUCCCACGUGACCACAGUCACCAGUGAUGAGGGCUGGAUCUGCGCCUCUGAGCCAGGAUCCCCUUUUUAGUGAAUGUGCAUCAGGUCAGCGCCGUCCUUCGGUCUCCACCCAGAGCUCGUGGUCACAGGUGAGGACUGUAGAUCAGCCGGUAAACUCACAGCUUCGCUCCCACACUCGGCUCUUCUUCAUCACCUCAGAUCGGUACAGCAUCCCUGCAGACAUCGCACAAACCCGUCUGUCAGUCCUCGCUUCCUCCUCCAGGACUCUUCGCCCAAAUUCAGAUCAGGUUCCUUUUUAUCAGAGCUGAACUUUCUGAUCGCACCUCGUGGGUCUUAUCCAGAUCUCAUCAUUUAAACCAGGUUUUCUUAAUCUGAUAAACAAUCACAAAUGUGGAAAGGUUUACGCUCACAUAUCCUGCCCCCAGAAACAGAGUUAAACCUGGAGUUCCCUCUCUGACCUCAGAUCCUGCUUCGUGGUCCAGGCCUCAGUCAGAUCAGCUGAUCUCCUGCUAACGCCCUAAAAACGAGCCCAGAGUUUCAGGAAGUUGAUGGAGGGUCGGAAACAUCCUGAAAUUCACAGCUGAUUAUUUUAGGAAAGUUUGCAGGAAAUCAGCUGAAAAAUAUUCAGAUCUCAAUCUUAAAUAAUGAAUUUGCAGCUUAAACGCAGGAAAUAAAAACCCAGCGAGAGCCUGCCGGGCUCCCAACAGACGAGAAACCAUCAAAAUAUCGUUUUAAAUUUGUGUUCACUAAAAUGUCUUAACCUUCAUUUGACCUCCAGCCUUCACGUCAGAGUUUAUUUUAACAGAACUAAUAGUUUUAUAUUUUAUCAUUUAAAUGCCAGAUUUGUCUUUAUAGAUUUUUUUACAUGCAUCUUUAAUUAAACUGAAUUCAUGGUGAUAUGAAAACAGAAGAUGGUGUUUCCUGUGCGCGGCGUGCUCGGGCGCAGGUUUGAAUCUAACGAAGACGUGAAGCUUUCACAGAAGAACUGAGGCUCGUUUUCAUUUUUCAUGCUUUUUGUGUUUUUGUAUUUAAUCAUUUCUUUUACAGUGGACAUGCUUUUAUUUUGUAACUUUUCAGAGGAACUGUUUGAGCUUUAUUUUGAAAUGUUUGAGUUUCACGUGCAGCUGCUGCUUCCAGAUUUCCUGUUCGUGACGCAGACUCCCGAUCGGCAGGCUCACCGAUCGGGAGUCUGCGUCAUCGAUCGUUUCACUGACUCAUUAAGCUGGAACCAGGAAAACUGUAAGAGUCGCGGUGAAUGUGCGGCCCCCCUGAGCGCGUCCCCCUCAGCUGAGAACUGUCCCGCCUUCCUAAAGCAGUCCUCGAGCUCCUGCGGCGGGAGAGAGCCUGGAAACGGUUCCAGAGACUCUGGAAAACUCCUAAAACUGAAUGUUGGUCCGAGUCUGAUUCAGCAGCUGCACGUGAAGCAGAAAUCAGUGUUACAGCGUGUUUGUUUACACUCUGCUUCCUGUCGCGGCCAGACUGUAAAUAAAGAUGGACGACAGCCGUCAAUCAUGAUCACAGACAUCAGUUUAAACCAAUCAUCAAUCAAUCGUUUAACAUUUGGAAUGUACACAAGGCGCACUUUUUUUUGGUCCCAUGUGUCAACGGGGUGGAGGCGGGGCUUAUGACCUGUACUGCAAACAAUCCUUUGUCACUUCCUGCCGUCCAUCUUUAUGUGUGGUCAGAUUUAUGCGAACACGAAGGAGGCGUGGCCAACGUGUUCAUUUUUAAAUUCUUUGUAUUUUUCAGCACUUUGUGACUCGCUAUGCAAAAACCACUUCUUCCUUUUUGUUGUGUUACUGAGCUCUGAUUGGUCAGAUCAGACGUACUGAUGAUCCGAGGACAAACGUUUAGGAGGAAACUUUUUAAUGUGACUUUCAGAUUAAAAGCCUUUUGACAUCAGCACACGGAGGAUGAUUUUAAUAAACGUGUUUUAUAUCUGGGACUUUGUGUUGAUGUCAGCAGACCGAAGCUUUCUGAGGAGGGUGGGAACAGAUGAAGGCUUUGAGCUGGAUGUUUUUGAGCUGAAAGAAAAGGUCUGCGGACGGGAGGCUUUUAAUGUGAAAGUCACAGGACUGAUUCAGGAAGUUUCCGUGACCUCUGACCCCAGCUGUCUUUAACCCCUUCGGUUUUUAUCUGUCUUCCGUUUCCUGCUCUGAAACAUUUGGAGCGUUGUUGCUGCUUCGGCUGAUGAAUAAACGACUUUU